UUACCCGCCCUGAACUCGACCUGCCAUGGGACGGAUAUGGAUAUCGAGAUACUCGCCCCGUACCUGCGCCAAUUACCAUUCCUACGCCCUUUAAUGAGACAUGAGCAGAGCAUGGGAAUGCAAGGACGACUUUUGUAGUUUGGCCAGCCAUCUUGCUUUGCCGAAAGCCCACUUAUCUACAUGUAUUUAUUAGAAAGAAACGCCCACCAAAACUGAUUCAACUUCAAACCUUCCCUUUUAAUGCAUCCAUGAGGGAAGUCAAAGUCAGCGGGAAGGUGGGGUUUUCUUCUUCAACUGCUGUAUUCAACUUCAAAAGCCUUGCUCUGUUUUCGGAUUAGCUCUGUACUUUUUUGCCCCACGUUUGAUUCUGCAAUCGGGUUCGGGGUUUGGUUUAGGAUCCUCGUCCAUAAUUAAGUACAGCAAAAUCGGUCGGGUAUGAGAAAUGGAUCACGUAACCCGCAAAUCUCCAAAAGGGUGGGGAAUUUGGGAUGGAUGUUGAUAACUUGAUGCUCUUCAAUGAGUGGGUGGCUAGUGGCGGAGAGCCGACCAGUGGCCCUACAGAAACUGGUAGCAUCCCAAAUUCUCGAUUGGGAUUGGAGUGAAACGUCAAGAAAGCUAUUAGAGGUUGACUUUGAACAGUAUAGUGAUGGUAGCCGGUAGAGCUGACGGAGAAGCUGAGCAUACCCAUGAUUGUCCUCUUGUGAGUCACCUCACUCAAUUUACAGCUCUGAUCUUCAUGUUAGCAUGUGCUUAAUUUUCUUUAAAUCAAUCCAAAGACAAGAUUUACAUAUGAAAUUAGAAAGAAGAGUUUUUGGUAAAGUAGGCCUUUUAGUACCUUUGAGUUUGAAUGGAUGAUGAUAUUAGAUCCAUUAAUAUUGGACCUUUAUCAAUGACAUUAUAAUGAAGUUGAUGAAUUAUGUUGCGAGUUAAUCGAGUGACAAGGAUGAAGUUGAUGGUAUAAAAUCCAUGGACUCUGAAUGAUGCUGGUUCAUGGAGGACAACUUUGGCGUGCUGAUAGCCAUAAUUAUAUUUUUCACUGUGAAUGAGCCAAAUCACGACUGCAAUUCACCGUGUACAUAUGUGUCCGAGCCCAUAGAACACCUUCAAACUCUUAUAUAUAAGUUCUUAGACUUCCUAAGUAAAAGUACCUCUCAUGUUCUCCCUUUUACAUACCACUUAUCUCUCUACACCCUCCCCUUCUUUGCCCUUCAUAUAUUCCAUACAAUGAUAACCAAUGCUAAUUUUGGAGGAUAGAUUGGAGGGGCACCUCGUUCUUUCACAGAUUCGCUCACCCUAAAAAAACAAACGACACUCGAAUGAAUAAGAAUCUGUUGGGGGUAGGGCUCGGGUCUAGCCGCGCCAAGGAAGCAGCCCGACACCGCCCCAGGAAAGCCAUGCGCGUUAGCACCAUCACGACCAAGGCGCGCGGAACAGCUCGCGGGAGGAUCACGGGCGCGGAGAAGGCCGCUAUCGCGAGACGAAGUUCCGCGAGACGGAUCGCGCUACAAAGAACCCAGAUGCCGAACGACGCCGUUUUGCUCAGACUCUGACCAAACCAAGAAAACGACAUCGUAUGCCCCGAAGAGUGGUCACAUCAUAGUUCUAGGUAUAAUCAUGGACAAAUCGUCCAGUCCUAGGCAGAGGCAUGACCUAAACGCCUGAAAUGUAGCCUAUAAAUACGACAUUUACUCCGGUGGGUGAAAGGGGACAUUUUUCACUCUCUCACUCUAUAUCAAAGAACUUUCUCUCUCUAAAUAACUCUCUCCGUCCUUCCGGAUCAUCCUAUUGCUUACUCUUCUCACCCCUCUUUUCCCGAGUCUCCCUCCUACUCUCGGUUAGACUCAAACAGAAUCCAAACCCAUUCUUACAAAAUCCAUAUUGCCAUAAACAUUUGGUAUAGAU